AUGGUGUUGGGUUGUGGGUCUGAUCAUGCGAUGGGUCUUCGUCAGACUGCUGGAAAGGCUUUGUUAAUCUUGGGCAUUCUAUUGAUGUGGGUUGGGCUAGGCAUUAUGGUAGGCCAUUGGAUAUUUUCAAGCAUGGGACCAUUUUCUCUUCUCUCUCAUGCUAACCCAUGUGUUUGGGUGCCAGGAACGGGCUCGAGUUCUAGAGCCCCAAGUGGCUUAAAACUUACGUUCCUUGAACCCUCAAUGGGCCUUGUGAUUGCUCGUUCCCCUCCAUGCCACAACCUUCUCAGUAAGCCUCGGGGAGACUCUGCCGAAUUUUUGGUAGGAGUCAAGCUUGUUAUUUUAUUGAAUUUUUGUAUGGGAUGGCAGUUAGGACAUUUGUGCCUGACAGCCGCCAGGUGUCGGACACGCACAGGGUUCGGCUCAAGUUUCAAAGUGGAAUUUGGUUUAGGUCAUAUCAGGAACGACUAG